AUGGAAGCACCUAAUAACUCUGAUGUUAGUACUGAUCCAAAACCACAAGUCAUAUACCGGUGCAAGAAAUGUCGAAGGAUUGUUGCAUCAGCAGAGCAAGUUGUUCCACAUGAACCUGGCGAAGGACAAAAAUGUUUCAAGUGGAAAAAGAGAAGCGACAAUCCCUAUAAGGAGUCACCUCAAUGCUCCUCUAUUUUUGUUGAGCCCAUGAAAUGGAUGGAAGUUGUAGAAGAAGGUUCUGUGCAAGACAAGAUUCAGUGCCUGGGUUGCAAAGCUCGCCUCGGUUACUUCAAUUGGGCAGGCAUGCAGUGCAACUGUGGAGCAUGGAUUAACCCUGCAUUUCAGCUUCACAAGAGUCGAUUAGAUGAGUGCCAUCUUUAAGUAUUUGCCUGAGGUUUCCUUGAGGCGUGGUUAGUCGUUAUUUAAGUCGGUUAAGAACUUACCAUCUUCCUGCGUAUAUUAGGGUAUAGCUAUAUGAUAUUUGGAAAAAAGCAGACAGUUUUUGUUUCAUGAUGGAGUAGGUCAUGUAUAGUUAAUCGAACUAAUUAUACCUUAAUGGAGUUGCUAACGAUCUUGUUUGCCUCUUUAUAUAUGUUUUUCUAUCAAAGAUGGUCACUGCUCCAUAUAAAUCUGCCAACUGCUUAAUGUUUUCGUGUUUAAAGAUCAGUUAGUGACUCAAAUAGCACAUAAUAUUCAUUUUUAGACUUUUUUCUUUCAGGCAUGUUAACUAAUGUAUACUACUGAUAGAACCUGAAUCCUUAUUGAAUGACCAUCUUGAUCUCUGGCAAAUCAUAAUUAUGUUGAUCAUCAAUCAAAUAAAUUCUGUAUUGCAGUUACGUUAUUACACUUUUAAGUGGGACUAGGACUGGGUUAUAUUUGCACCAGUCAAAAGUGACAAGUGAGAAGGAAAAAACAGAGCAAAAAGAGACGAAUUGUACUUUUCCCUCACUCUUUUGAUACAAAUAUGUCUUAACAUUGUAUACUUAUUUGGCACUCAAUGGAGCUGAUCAUCUAAGAAGUUCAGAAAGAAGGCAAACAGUAUAGAAAAACAUCAAGUGACAUGAAUCAGAAAAUAUGCAUAACUUCCCUUACUGGCCAGCAGCAAAAGCUUCAACUGGGAAAGUUUUGGUGAUGCCAGCAAGACUCUUGAAUUGAAUCUUGCCGGUGGGAGGAUCAUCCACACUGAUCUCGUUAACUGGAGGCCAUAACAUCAACUCCUUAGCCUUCACUCCCUUGAGCUUCUUGAUUUUCUUCUUGUCAAUGAAUCCAUUUAUUUCAGUGUCAUAACUAACCAGUUUGCUGAUAAUCUUGAACUUGUGCUCAACUUUUUUAGUUUGCAGGAUCCACAUAUACCCUGUGUUCUUCACAAAUCCAACUUCGAUCACAUCAGCAAGAGGGAGAAGCCCCAUUGGGAGUCCGAAUUCUUCGAGUAGAGAAAUCGCCAUUUUCAAACCUUCCUCAUGCCCCUUCUUAACAAUUGCUCCUUCCUUCUCUGCCAUGACUACUAGCUCGGAGUAUUAUUCUCAAGACUUUGUUCUUAUAGAAUCGGUUGUUCUUGAUUGGCUUUUUUGCUUCUCUGCUGAUUGGGACUGAAUUUAUUGUGUGCUACUAUAUGAAGAGACAAAAUACUUGAUGGACAAACCAAUUAAGAUUAUUGUAUUAGUCACCAAAGCUAUGGUUUUCACUUCA